CAGACAGACAGACUCCUGACCAUUCUGAGAUCAAGACCGAUUUUCAACUCCUGCUGAACUACUACGUUGUCUUCAGAUUAUUUUGGAUUGAAAUCCACAUGAUGGAGGAGGUUACAGUGAUUCAAGAGGCAGAUCAGAGGCAGCAGAAGGCCCGGGACGAGCGUCGAGCCCUAAAUGCAGCGGAUCUCCCGGAUCUCCAACCCUUACCCCCAAAGGAUCCCACAGACCCAGCCUUGGAGGCUCUUUGGGAGGCCAGGAGGACAGAGCCGCUGAGGAUCCACGGGCGCAGCGUGGAGGAGUACAGGGCGAUGUACCGGCGGCUCGUGGAACCAAGGCUGCUCUACCCUUCUGGCCGACCUCGCCCCCACUCCCUCGAUCUGGGGCGCAGGAUAAAGCAGCGCCUGUGGGUUGCCGUCUCCUGCCCGAAAUUCACCGAACAGGUGGGAGACAAAAAUAUAAUUGACAUCGCGGAGACCUCUGGCAACCCGGGGCUGAAGGGUUAUGCCCCCCUGAUCGAGGUCGAUGUGUGGGACGAGCCCCCGGCCAAAGAGCCUCCAAAGAAGAGAGCGAGACAUUAGUCCCUGCUCCAUGUAUAUAAUGUAUAUAUGUAAAUAAAUGUAAAUAUGCAUGUAUUAUAUAUAGGUUCAGUAAAAGUAAAUAUAUAUGGGUUAAAUAUAAGUAAAUAUAUAUGUAAUAUAUAGGUUAAAUAAGUAAAU